AUGAACGACGGUUUCCCGCAACAAAGCAAAAGCGGCCAUCCCUACGGGUACCCUAUGCAAUGCAACAUCACCAAACAAUUCCUCGAACUCAGCGACGAAGAUCGAAAAUGUUUGGAGGAACGGAGUACUGGUGCUUUAUGCUCAGCCAG